AUGCUGCUCGGCAGCGGUGGCGUGGCCGACGGUGUUACCGCUGUUGCUGCUACCGAUUCUAUCGGGUACCCCAUGGAGCGGCCGCCAGCAUCCGAGGGAAACCUGCAACUGCAGCGGUCGAAAGCCGCCCUACAAGACGCGUUGGAGGGGGAAAAGCAUCGGCGACUGCAAACUGUCGACGUCGGCGGCAUGGUGGGGUACCGCCGCGUCACGCGGCCUCGCAACGAGUCGGUCUACGGCGGCCUCGCGCCGUCGUCGCGGUCGACAAAGAAGCAACUCACCGCUGCCGACGAGCAGCUGUGCAAGCGACUGGCUACAUCGCACAACAGCAGCAGCAGCACCUUGCAGCAUCACUCUGCCCCCGGCGUCUCCUCAAGUGUUGCAUCGCAGAAGGUGUGCAAUGGCAACUCGACGUCUCUGCUCUCCUACAAGGGUGCACGUCAGCAAGCCACCAAAGAGGACCGCGAUACUGACCUCUCCGCCGCCGCCUGCGGGGGCGCAGUUGUGGACUUGCGAGAGUCCUCUGCGGUUGUGCUGCAGCCACUCGACACUCUGCAGGAUCCCCCUCUGGACGAGGGCAAAGUCCACCCCAAUGGUAAAGGCGAUUAUUCCCCAAGCCUCACCAGCGACACCAGCUAUCCUGGCACGGCAGCGGCGGCAGCAGCGAUACAGGUGCCAAUGCUGGAGUCUAGAGGCCAGCCCUCUUGCCGGCGGUCUUCACGCGUUUCUUCGCUGCUUAGCUCUCACGCCACGUGCAUCACAACGGCCAAGCCAUCAUUCAAGAGCUGCAGCGCCCAACCCUCGGGCUUGCACGCGGUCGGGUCCUCUCGAAGCCUGACAGGCAGUCGCAUCAAAUGCCCCAGGAGCGUGCCGGGCAGCGCGGUCGUGUACGCCGACGACGUAACUGGGGUUAAUGAGCGGCACCAGCUCCUCCGUCGUAUGAGCUCUUCAUGCAACCUGUCGAUUGUCUGGAUUCCGCCGCCGCUCUGUGAGUGGGUGAAGCCAGGCGAAGCGUGCUCUGUCAAAGCCAACUCAACACAGUCGCGCCGCGCUUCAUCAGCGGGGACACCUGUGGCGCAGGCUCGUGUGCUUGGAGCACCUUGCCGCCUCCCAUCAACGACGACGCCACAUAAGAAGCAGGAAACCUCACGAGCCCGCUCGUCGCACAGUGAGGCUUCAUCGGGGUUUGCUCACAUGAGAGAAAAGAGCGACGAAGAGCGACACAUAUUGCAGUGCUGGCUUAGUGGCACCUGUGGCUCUUUCACGCAUGCAAACAAACCAAAAAUGGCGCCGGCAGCAGAAAGACUCCCUAUCGGUCAUGCAGCAGACAGCGACCGCAACGGCGCGGACAGCCAUCAGUUGCCAUUCCGUGAGCAAGCUGCUCGAACGUCAGAGUCGGCAACACAAGACUCCCCCUCGGCGUCUUCUCGGCGCGAGGCGCUCAGUGCCGUCACGCCAACCCUUGGCGAGGUGCUGGAGAGAAACCGUGCUAAUCUCAAGGUGCAGCCCAACGCCCACCCUGAUGCGGCGCCAUAUUCUCCAAGUGCAGCCUACACUCGCAAUGGCAACAGAUGGGCUGCCGCACAGGCUCAUCUUCCUGCGUUUACCUAUUCGGCUGUCUGCGCCGCGGCUCAGCAUCCGUAUUAUGCACCUGGGCAGCAACAGCAGCACCCUGUGCCCUACGGGCACACGUAUGAUGUUGCGUACCACGACGACAGCCAGGCCUCCUCGGCAGAAGCGGAGGCAAACCCCUACAUGCAUGGUGGCAGUGGGGGUUUCCUUCCAGCGCUGGGACACGCGAAGCCGUCGUGCGUGCGCCCGGUUGGCGGCAUCAAGGCAAACAAAUGGCGGGCACCGGUGCCCCCGGCCAAGCACCGUGUUGUUUUCGAGUUGCUCGACCCGGUCAUCCCUGCCCGCCCCAGGCCCACAUGUCGUCAGUCUCAACUACCUCGCCGGCCAUCACAGCGCUUUCCGCAGCGGUCGGCCAGCAAAUCGUUGGGCAGCAGCCAACAGGAACGCAUCGGCCUUGCCGAGGUCGAGGCAGGCGCUUCGCCCAUACAGCCCGUGCACCAGCAAGCGCUGUCGCUGCAGCGAGAAAACGCACCAGCGGCAACCAGCGACCGCGGGGACAUGACACUUACGGACCUGAGUGAGGACGAGGAAUGUGCUUUGGCGCAUAACUACCCGGCCGUGGCGCCGCCGCGAACGGCUGCUGCCGCUGACGAUACCGUGUACGCCACCGUAGCUCGGAAGCGCAAGCGCGACCUCCACAAGAGGAAGGCACAGCAGAAUGUGCGACUUUGCCGUGUGUUUGCUCCAUACAUGGCAAGCCUGCGGGCCGGCCCCGGUGCGGGCGGGCGAGGCCGCGCGAUGCAGCACAAGCAGAAGCGUAGGAAAAAUGGUCGUUUACAACACCAGCGCGGAAGCAGCAACGCACAAGACAAUCUACGGUCGAUCAACUACGCUGCUCUGGCGACGGAGUGUGACCCGCUGGAUCACCUGCUGAGUCGACAUGGAUUCUGGGGUGAGGCAAUGACGCGGCUCUAG